UUGCUUAAAACCCACUUGAUUACUUCACCUUCCUCAGCUCUCUCUCUCUCUCCAUAACUUGAACUCUAAGUAUGAUUUAUUCCUGUUCCCUUUAAAUCAUCAGAAAUUAGUCCUGGUUUUCCCACUCUUACAACAUAGACAUAUAUUCUCGUCCACCUCUCAAACAUUCCAUGUCCGAGUGAUCACGCUUGCAGCUGCAUAAUAUACCAUUGUCCCUCACAAUAGCCUUUGCAGAAUGGGACGUCAUUCGUGCUGUUUAAAGCAGAAAUUAAGGAAAGGUUUAUGGUCUCCUGAAGAAGAUGAGAAACUGUACAAUUACAUAACGAGGUUUGGUGUUGGCUGCUGGAGUUCAGUUCCUAAACUAGCUGGAUUGCAAAGGUGUGGGAAGAGCUGCAGAUUGAGAUGGAUAAACUAUUUGAGACCCGAUUUAAAGAGAGGAAUGUUCUCACAAAAGGAGGAGGAUCUCAUUAUCAGCCUUCAUGAAGUUCUUGGCAACAGGUGGGCUCAAAUUGCUGCACAGUUACCGGGUAGAACAGACAAUGAGAUUAAAAACUUCUGGAAUUCAUGUUUGAAGAAGAAGCUGAUGAAGCAAGGAAUUGACCCAACUACCCACAAGCUACUAAGCGAAAUUGAACCAAAAGAUGAGAAAAAAUGUACAGAAAUGGCAUCUUUGCACAUACCAGAGUCUCAAGAAUUUCCAACAAUAUCAUCAGCCUUGGCUUCUCAGGGUCCAACAUUUUUAGUUGAAGACAUGAAUUACUAUGAUGGUGAAGUAACAGAUGCUUCAAGAGAGCUUCUCAUGUACAAGCCUGCCUUUGAUCCAAUGGCCUACUUUGAGUUCCAAGCGGGUAGUGUCGGAUCAAACGGCUAUAAUUCAAGUUUCCUACUUCAGAAUCAGACAACUAUCAAAACCCCAAAUGAUCAAAGCCAUUUCCAGACGAAUUCCAACUAUGGAUUCGCUUCAAUGCCAAGUCUGACCAAUUCUGAUCAUGGAAACUUGUCCGGGACAGAGUUCUCUGAUAAUUCAGCUUCGAGAAUGAGCUCCUUUUUCUUGAAUGAGGUGAAGGAAAGUUCAAGCAACAGCUCAAACAUGAGUAGCUACGCCGGUUUCCAGAUGAACAACAUGGUAGAAAAUGCAGCCUUUUCAUGGGAUGCCGACAACAAGUUAGAAUCUUUGUUUCAGUUUCAGGUAAACGGGAUAAAAUCCGAUGAACCAAAGCCAAGUUCCUGGCAACAUGAACAGGGUCAGCUUCAUGCUCGCAGUUCAGUAGAUUUCAGUAGCUAUCCGUUGACGUCGCUAUCAGAAGAUCUAACGGGAGCAAAUUUUGAUGUCUUCCAGCAGAUAUGAACUGUAAAUUCCCCUUUUUUUUUUGAAUUAUUUUCUCUCUUCAUAAACGAAUACAGAGAUGUUGAUAGUACAGGGAAUUUCAACUGAACGUUUGAGAUGAAUUCCUUAUUUUCUUUUUGGUUUCCUAGCCGGUAAUAACAAUUUAGCUAAUCUUUGUUUGAGCUUUGAUUUGUAUUUUCCCCUUCUUCUUUCUUUCUUUUGUAUUUGUUUCCAGAAAGUUGAAAUAAUGUAUUUCUGAAAUUAAU